AUGUGGUGUCUUCGAGCCGCAACCAGGUGGGCGUGCCAGGCUCCGCCCCGCGCGCCGAACGGGGGCGGGCGAGCGGAGGACCCGCCCUCCUUGCGCGCCGGGUCGGAGCCGGUGCCGGAGCAGAGCCGCGCGGAGACAGAGCGGCGCGAGCGGACGUUGCCCGCAGGGACGGCCCGAAGGAGCAGAGCCGCGACCCGGUUCCAAGAACCACCGGCCCCGGGCGCGGACCCUGGCCCCGAGAACGACCCGCCCAGCGCGAACCCCGGCCCGGAGAGUGACCCGGCCCGAGCGCGGACCCUGGCCCCGGAGAGCGGCCUCGCCCGCCUCGCCCGCCCCGGCUACUGGCCCUUGGGCAUGGACGGCGCCCGCUCGCCCUGUGAGUGCAGAGACCCCCGCCCGCCGCCUUUGUGUGCGCGCCGCGCCGCCGCAGCCCCCUCGCCGCGCGCCCCUCCUGCGCCCCGGGCCGCGUCCUUUGUGGAGCCGCCGCCUGGCCGUUGCCUCCCGGUUCCCCGACCUCCCUAUCCCCUCUGCAGCCUCUCUUGGGGACCCCAGGGACAGACCCCCAGGACAGCCGAACCCUCAGGACAUCCCCGCAGGUCCCCUUCCCCGGGGCUUCCUCUGCAGCUUGCCCCGAGGUCCCCAGGGACGCUCCAGCAGGCCCCCUUCCUGGGGGCCCCAGGGACAGCCCAGCAGGCCCCCUCCGUGGCUGGAGCUUAG